AUGGCUUCAAUGGAAGGUGAGCACAAACCAAAGCGCUAUGAAAUGGCUUCAUUUAAUUGGGAAGAAGUGAGUAUGCCGAUGACUAUAUCGAUAUGGCUAUUUGUGGCCGCAGUCGCUAAACUCCUGUUCCACAUUUGGCCACAAGUCUCGGAGAUGUUCCCAGACAGUUCUCUGUUGAUUAUGGUUGGUCUGGUGAUUGGAAUCGCUUUGAAUUUAAUACAUGUUCAUAAGACCGAUUUCUCACUGAAUUCACAAGUGUUCUUUCUUUACUUAUUACCGCCACUGAUGUUCGAUGCAGGAUAUUCUAUGCCAGCAAGAGAAUUCUUCGAUAAUCUUGGCUCGAUUCUAACCUUUGCUAUCAUCGGCACCACAUUUAAUUUCGUUGCGAUUGGUGUGUCGUUGUGGGCAGUUGGUCAGACUGGUUUAUUUGAUUUGGAAAUGCCGUUCUUGCAUUAUCUUCUGUUUGGAUCAUUGAUCGCUGAUGUUGACCCAGUGGCCGUUAUCGUUUACUAUCGAUCGUUGUUGGCAUUCACUGAAAUUGGAGCUGAAAAUAUAAUCACGCGUGAUUACGUUUACGGUGUUCUUAGCUUCUUCAUUGUUGGCUUCGGUGGUAUAAUUCUGGGGCUGCUUUGGGCUUUUGCGGCCAGCUUUAUGACCAAGCCAUGGGAAAUAUUCCAAUUCGCUUGUAAAUCUGGUAGAAAGAACGCAACUAACAUAUGGGGAAUGGCUUGUUUGAUGAAGAAACCGAACGUGAGACCAACUAGAAAUGUUUUCAGAUAUACGACGAAUGCAACAAUUGUGAAUCCUGUGCUGGUGUUAUUGUGUCCAUAUUUGGCUUAUUUGAUGUGUGAACUAUUUGGACUGUCAUCAAUUUUGGGGAUUGCUUUCUGUGGUUGCGCAAUGAAACAGUACAUCAAAGAGAACGUUCCUGAAAAAUCAAUGACAGCCAUCAAUUAUUUUGCUAAGGUGUUAUCACUAGCAUCCGAAACGCUCAUAUUUGUAUUCCUUGGACUGUCAACUGUCUCGAGUGAUCAUCACUGGAAUAGUCCGUUCAUUAUUUUGACUGUUGUAUUUUGCAUCGUUUACAGAACGCUUGGUAAGCAUCUUAAAGCAAUUCAGUCGUCUUCAGUUAAACCAUUUCCUCCACUUCCAGGUGUGGCCGUCAUGUGCUAUUUUCUCAAUAAGGGGCGACUGAGGAAAUACACAAAAGUUGAGCAAUUUAUUAUGUCAUACGGUGGUUUAAGAGGGGCGAUUGCAUACGGCUUAGUGGCUGCAUUACCGGAUCAUUUACCUGGAAAGCGAAUGUUUGUCACUUCGUGUAUUAUUAUCAUCUAUUGGACAGUGUUUCUUCAGGGCCUAACACUACGACCGAUCGCAACGUUUCUAGCAGUGGAACGAAAGGAUGUUUCUGAGAAGAACAUGACUGAAUAUAUCUAUCAGAAUUUGAUCGACUACACAAUGUCAGGGAUGGAAGAUAUCGCUGGUAUGACUGGACAUCAUACAGUGAGAAAUUGGUACAAUAAAUUCAAUCGAAGAUUCCUGAAACCAUGGUUGCUGAAGCGGGGAGCGCGAAAGAAGAUGGAUAAUUCGAAUAUUGUGCGGGCUUAUAAGCGAAUUCGAAAACGUGAAGCUGAAGAUUUGUUGAAAGGAGCCGAUCUAACGCAGAACCAGUUGUUCGUUGAAGCGCUACUGAGGCAUGUUCGAAACAGAGCACAUUUAAGUCGAGCCGAUUCACGAUCUCGGGGCAACACGGUUUCAUCAUUACCGAAUGAAAGUGCAAUUCGAGAGCACGACAGUAUGGAUGGCUCAUUGUUCAUUGAGAACCCAGCAUAUCUUUUGGUUAACGAACUGAGUGAGGUCGGUGCUGUGGACAUUCCGGAUCCGGAAUAUGAUCCUGUCGAUUCAACACAAAGUGAUUUACCGUCGUCAUCGCUGAAUAACCGAGAGGUGUACGUCAAAAUCGAUAAGAUCAGCUGA